CGCGUAGGCCCCCCCAUGGGGCGGAGCUAGUGUUGUGGGCGGGCCACGCAGGCGCCGUGGGACUCUCGGCGGGGAGGUGAUGGCAUCCGAGGCAGAGCCCCGCCCCCUGGGCAUGUUUGAGUGCCAGCUCUGUGCCUUGACAGCUCCUUACAGCUACGUGGGGCAGAAGCCCCCAGACACCCAAGCUGUUGUCCUCCUGGAGGAGAGCUACAUCAUGAAGGAUCCCUUCUCCUCAGACAAGGCCAGGUUUCUGGUCCUUGGCGCGCGGUGCAGUGUGUGCGGCAGGCUGGUGUGCGUGGGCCCGCCCUGUUCCCUCUCACAGGACUGCAGCCUGUUCUACUCCAAGAGGGUCUGCCUCCCCUGCGUUCAGGAGAAUAUCAGUGCUUUCCCUCAGGAAAUCCGGCAGGAUGUGGAGAAGAGAAAGGGUGCCUCCAAGAGACCUUCCAGCCAUCCCUGACUGGCAGGCACACAGCCUCCUGUGCAUUGUUGUAUUGGCUCGGCCAAGGUUCUGCCUGGGAGCUGUGUAGCUGGCCUUUUCUGAACUGUGGAGUGCCUGCAGCCCUGGGAACCGAGGAGCCGGCCAAGACUGAGGACAGACAGCAAGAGUGGAUCCAGCUGCAGCUCCAGGGCUGGCCUCUGGUGGGGGUCAGGAGUGAGGGAGAGGGAGCCUCCUUCAGUGGACAGUUGGUAGAUGUGAAACCUCAAGUAAACCCCCCACUUCAAAGAGAAACUAAAACCAGGAUUCUUAAAUGUAGAUAAGAACUUAGACGCCUUUUUCCAGGUGGCUUUAUCAACUACAAAAGAACUUCAGGAAACACAGAGUUAGAGACUAAGUGACAGAGUUAGAGACUAAGUGACAGGGUUAGAGACUAAGUGGCAGAGUUAGGAUAUGCGACCAUUUGGCAGAGACUAAAUGGUCAUAAAACAUCCCAAAAACCCCCUAACCCCGGAAACAGCUCAUAGAACCCCAAACACGGUUGCUGAACAAAUGGGAAAUAAAGAUGUAAACUUCAAAGAGGGAUGCGGGCGGUGGGAGAUGAAUUACGUGGUCUGUGCCUUUAAAAACUAGCCUCACAAAGAAAGCGCGCGCUCCUUCCAACCUCCCUGCCGUGUGUGAGAGGUUUGGAACGAGCCCCCCUGCCGAGGCUUGUAAACUUUAUUUGAAUAAACCUUGCUUUUGCAGUCUGUA